AGUUUGCCGGCAGACGCGCGCUCGAACGCACGGGAGGGUCCGUCCGUGCGGUGAACUAAGCUGAGACCAUCAUCACUGCUCGGUGGCUGGUAGAAGUGCUGGAGACUUGGACGAUAGUGGUGAAAUGGGUGGAGAUGAAGCGAAGUCUUCAUAGCCUGAAAUAAUUUAGAAGUUAUCCAUUGGGCUAUGAUGAGAAAACUAUGUGACAGAAACCAAAGACUUGUGUUUUGAUAUGCCUGCGUAUUCGUUAAAACAAGGUUCAGAAGAGUGAUAUCCAGAGAACGGGGCAUUCAUUGGAGUGUGAGCUGAAGCUCUUUAUCACUUCUCACGAGCUUGCAGACCGUGACAGCAUAAACGUGAAGUGAUUCUUUCAGCCAUCGCAGCGUUUAUUAGCAUUCACCAUUGGAUUCUCCUCGUGCACCUCAGCCAAAGCAACGCAAUCAAAAUGAAGUGCUAUGCCGUGGCAUUAUCAUCAGUGGCGCGUCGCUCUCUCCGGAAGCCGCAGCUGCAGCUGCUGAUGCUGCUCACGUUGCUGGCCGUCUUGGCGCUCUUCACCACCGCUCUGCAGGGCUCCUGGCAGACCUCCCAGUGGACGGCUACGGUGACCGCUAGAUAUGCUCACCAGGCUUCGGCGGUAGAAGAGAGCGGCACCGCUGGUCGGGAGCAGGAAGUACCCAUUGGACCGGGGGUGAGGGUCGAAGACCAGACGACCCAGGAGCCGCCACCUCCGCCGCCAGCUCCGCCGAAAACGGCGACGACGGUUCGCUCCGUCGCUGCUGACGUAGAGCGACAAGAGCUGAAGGAGACGUCAGCGACGACAGAAGGAGCGUCAUCGGCUCAGAACGACGUGGCAGAGCGGAUGGCAAAGCGAAUGCAGCGUAGGAGAGAGAGGAUACAACAGGUCUGCAAACAAAAUCCCAAAUAUCUGGCACCAGCCAUUACCACCAACGUCUUCCACGACAAUGCUAAUGCAGUGGUCUGGUGUCCAGUAUUUAAAGCCGGUAGCAGCAACUGGCUGCACCUGCUAUGCGCCGUACACAAGCUCAAGAAGAAAUGUCCCAUCGAGGUUUUGCGCCGACAUCUGGGUAACAUACCUCGCUUCUGGACCAUGCCGAAGACGGUGCGACACCGUUUCCUGGUCGUACGCCACCCGUUCGAGCGUCUGCUCAGCGCCUUCCGUGACAAGAUCGAGAACAACGGUCGCCGGCAGGGCCAGGCGUACUGGGUCAAGGCGGUGAAGAUGGUCCGGCUACACCGGCGGAAGGACGUGGUACCCCAGCCGGUGUCGGCGGCCGAGCUCAACGGACCUCCGCCACCGCCCCCGCCGCGUCAGCCGGCACCGCUGACCUUCCCGGAGUUCAUGCGCAGCGUGGCCGCGCAGGACGUCGGAGACGAACACUGGAAACACUACUUCGCCCACUGCACACCCUGCAACGUCGACUACGACCUGAUCGGUAAGUUUGAGACCCUGGAGGAGGAUAAUCGCUACAUCGCCGACCAGAUUGGGAUUAAAGAUUACACAGAGCUGCUGCUACCGCAGUUGGGAAACAGGAAUAAACGCGGCCCCACCAGCAACACAACCAGGGAGUACUUUUCGCAGGUGACCCGGAGCGAACUGAUGAAGGUCUAUAAAAUGUUCUACAUGGACUUCCUCAUGUUUAACUAUACGGUGGAUCAGUACUUGGAGUACGUGAGGCCAGAUGAUGACGAAAGCGAGAACAAAGCUGUGGCGGAAAACAUGCUGUGAUUAUGGUGUUCAAGAAGCGCGAGACUUGUGAUUGUGCAUCACGCUGCAAUCAUGCUAGCGUGAGCAACACGGGGCACGUGCACAUAUUGUCGUGUUUUUGUUGCAUUUGAACAAGCAUUUUAAUAUUUUGCACACAUUUUGGUGUGUUUUCGUUGGUCUUGAAUAUGCAUUGAACCCAUCAAAUUUCAUUUGUUUUUGACCAUUUAGGUAUAAUAUGUUAAUAUGGAUGAUGAUUGAUUACAGACGUGGCACUGUCGCCGAGUCCGAAUAGUCAAGUGAUGAGUUUCAAAGGUUAAAAAGAUAUGUUGGUGAGCUGAGAGAUGCAAGACGGCUUAUACUACAUAGGUAUGCCUAUGACAAGACCGCAACAAGGGGUCGUUACAGUGGUCAUUUUAGCAAUGCAAAUAUUUUUCUAACAUUGGUAUUGCAGCCGAUGAAUGUUAUCAAGCGUUGAUUCAUGAUGAAUUCAUUACAGCUGUCCUUGCUUUUUGCAAUGUGGUUUGCAAACCAUCACUGGGUGUUGCAGCAGCAAUUUACCUUUGUCAAAAACCCUUUCACCUUGUGAAUCGCCAUGUAACAUCACAGUGAAAAUACAUGUGCAUGAAUGAUAU